UGGAAAGGGCCGUGGAGGGCGGGCGGCAGAGGGACCGGUUGCCGACCUGGCCAUGCUUCGCGGCCUGCGGAGUCCGCUCUGGCCCCUGCUCCUGCUCCUGCUCCUGCUCCUGCUGCUGCCGCCCCCGGGCACGUGGGGACACGGCGGCCGCGCGAGGGCGAGGGAGGGGGCCGAGGAGGCGGGCUCGGCCGGGUCCUGGCCGGCCUUCCAGGGCCUGCGGGAGCGGCUGAGGGCGGCCGGCGCCCUCUGCAGACGCUACUGGGCUCUCUUCCGCUGCCGCGUGUGGCCCGACGGCUGUAGGCAGGUUGAGGAGGCGCCGGCGCGGCCCCUGGGCUGGAGCCUUCCCCUGUUGGGCCAGCAGUACCUGGAUAUCCUGACCACCUGGUACUGCAGCUUCAAGGACUGUUGUGACAGUGGGGACUGCAGGAUCAUCAAUAACUUCACAGGCCUAGAGGCGGACCUGCGCGUGCGCCUGCACGGCCAGCACCUGGCCCGGGAGCUGGUCCUGACAGCAGCCAGGGGCUACUUGGAGCUGCCCUGGCCAGACAAGGCCCUGGCUCUCUCGUUCCACGGCUGGUCUGGCACAGGCAAGAACUUCGUGGCGCGGAUGCUGGCGGAGAACCUGUACCGGGACGGGCUGAGGAGCGACUGUGUCAAGGUGUUCAUCGCCACGUUGCACUUCCCUCACCACAAGUAUGUGGACCUGUACCAGGAGCAGCUGGCAAGCCAGAUCAGGAAGACGCAGGAGCACUGCCACCAGACCCUGUUCAUUUUAGAUGAGGCUGAGAAGCUGCACCCAGGACUCCUGGAGGCCCUCAGGCCACACCUGGAACGCCAGGCCCCCGAGAACCCGAGGGCCAAGUCCCCGAGAACCAUCUUUCUUUUUCUCAGUAACCUUGGGGGCAAUAUCAUCAAUGAGGUAGUCCUGAACCUGCUUAAGGCUGGGUGGUCCCGGGAAGAAAUUGGGAUGGAGCACUUGGAGCCCCAACUCCAGGCUGAGAUUGCGGAAUCCACAGACAGUGGCUUUGGACACAGCUGUCUUGUGAAGGAAAACCUGAUUGACUUCUUCAUCCCCUUCCUGCCACUGGAGUACCGUCACGUGAGGCUGUGUGCACGUGAUGCUUUCCUGAGCCAGGAGCUCCUGUAUACGGAAGAGGCACUAGAUGAAAUCGCCAAGAUGAUGGUGUACGUCCCCAAGGAGGAACAACUCUUCUCUUCUCAGGGAUGCAAAUCUAUUUCCCAGAGAAUUAACUAUUUCCUGCCUUGAGGGCUAGAUGAAAACUUCCCAAAGCUGCCUGCCUUCCACUAAUAGGAUCCUGGGGCCUGUCAGCACACUGUCCAGGACAUAACGGGUUGGAGGGGCAGGCUAGCAUCCAGCAGCCACGAGCACAAGUGGUGUGUAAAAGGGAGGCCUUAAAUCAGAGACAGAGCCAAUUCUUAAAAUCACUUGGUGCCUUACAGAGCCACAUUCCAAAAUGUGGGCCAGCUGGUUGGAGAAGGUCAUGUGGGAGAUAAAUCCCAAGGAUUUAUUAGCAUAUCAGCUCCUGCCUGCAGAUGCCUGGACUUGGGUGUUGGGCCUGAGGCUGCAGUAUCCUCAGUGACAGAGAAGGGAAAAAUGAACUUCUGCUUACCAGUGGCAGGAACUGGGUGGGUUAGCUUUCAAGUUGUUAUUCCCAGAAGGAAGCUGAUGAGCUUCUAUCUGUGAGAUCAGGAAAGAGCCUCAGGCUGAAGGAAAAAGUGCACAGAGGAAGAUUUUUUUUUUUUAAAUCAGGUCAGCGUAGGCUAAGACUUGUUCUGCUCUGCAGAUUUAAAUCAAUUAAAAUUAAAGAACUUUUUUUUAAGUUAUGGACCUUGACAUGAUUGUAUCAUAUGUAAAGAUUAAAAUUUUGUAUUUUUCUAAAA